UAUGGUGACUAAGCUGCCCCGCCAGGGGAGGAGGGCAAUCCUUGCUUUUAUUUUUCUUUCCAGACGACCGCAGUUAAGCACGAAAACAAACUUGGAUCAGACGAGCUAUGGGACAACUCUCGUGCUUUCUAUCUUUGUUUAAAGCGGAACAACUGAAAGAGUGUAUCUGAACAGAUUUUCUUCACUUUAUGUUGUUUCAUUGUUGACUCAAAAGCGAAGGGCUGCGCUGAGAAAAAAGAACAAUUGAAAAUCAAGUUAGGCGUCAGCGAGUGCGCACUUUACGCACAAGGCGCACUGUGAAACUGAGAUGCAAAAUCAUCUCGACGGUACAGCCGCACAUAAGUUGGGCUUCAUUUCCUUUGUUGCUGUCAUCUCUUCUGAACUGGCUGCAAUCAUGUGUCGGGGCUAAAACAACAACAACAAAAACAACAAAACUUUUAAGCGUAUAUAAAAACCCUGAGGAGGUACGCCAGACGCAGCAUGGGGGGCAAACAGAGCAGCACGGCAUUUGAUGGCAGAACUCGAGCUUAUUCUAGCUCCGACCUCCCAUCUGGAAACUCCGGUGGAGGAGGGAGGAUCGCGGGUUUCAGAUACACAAAUGGCCCCGACGGCCCACGGAUCAGAAUCACGAGUGGAGCCCCGACCAACUCCGGACUGAGUAUUCCGCCCGGCGGCAGGUCAGGGUCACACAAUCAGAGUCUCGAUGGCACAGAUGGCGAUGAGGACCAACUGCCCCCCGAGGGCCACAGGCUACUUAUAGGGUCCUUACCGGCUCACCUGUCCCCUCGUCUGCUGGGAGGGUUUCACUGUCCUGUUUGCUCCAAGUUUAUGGCAGCGGAUGAAAUAGAGAAGCACCUGCUCAUGUGUUUCAGCAAAACACGCCUCACCUACAACAAGGACAUCCUGUCCAGAGACUCUGGCGAAUGUGCCAUCUGUUUAGAAGAGCUGGAGCAGGGAGACACCAUUGCCAGGCUGCCUUGCCUCUGUAUCUACCACAAAGGGUGCAUAGAUGAAUGGUUUGAGGUGAAUCGCUCGUGUCCGGAGCAUCCUUCCGACUAGGAGCUGUGAAUGUGUCACUUCAGUCUGAAACUGAGGCAAAUGUUUCAGUCUGCAGUACAUCACUGAGGCUGACUGUGUGCCCUGGCCUAAUCCCAACACUGCCUGUUCCAGCUGAGCAUCAGCAUUCCUCAGGGAUUAUAAGACAGUGUGAUGGACAAGUUUUUUCCAUAUUGCCUCAUGGGACAGUGAUUGACUUUGGAUAUAUUUCUCCAUGUGAUGUUAUGUUCAUAUAACCACUGGUGGAGUCAUUUUGACUUCAGAAUAUAUGUGAAUGCUUCUUGUGCCACCUGCCGGCCUAAAAUAGGUGCAUGCAACCUGGAGUCUGAUCCAAACAGUUACGGUGAACUUGGAAUGGUUUUACAACCGAGGACUUUCCCGGCAUGGUGGAAGGACAAUGGUCCAACUGACCACUGAGAGACUUGAUUAGAAGGCUGAUGGUGUGCAAUAUGAAAAACAGCCAAACAGAAUUUAAAAAAACAAAACCUAUAUCAGCUUUAAGGGAUGAUUGCAGUGUUGAUGGUAGUCAGGGAUUAGAUCUUAAUUUUAUUCUAAACUGACUAUCAGUCAUGUUUGUGAAACAAUCAUGUUGUCCUAAACUAAAUUGUCUAACAUUAGAAAGUCUGACUUUGUUGAUCAUUUGGCCAUUUAGUAACACGGUAAUGUGAUUGUGUAGUUUAGUGGUGAAAUUAAAUAAAGGUGAAGACAUAUCUAAAGAUGAUUCAUACUCUUUCUAAGGAGUGCCAUAAUGUGCUGCUAUGUCAUUGACUGGAAAGUUUUCCUAUAACCUUUGAACCAUAGUGUUCAUCAUUCUUUAUUUGUACUGUAAUGAAUUGCACAAUAAUAAAUGUUUUAUUUCUG